GUAGUUGUUUUUUUUCCAGAGACGUUGUUGAUACUGCCAGUGUUGCCACGUUCUUUUCUGCUUUGUAACGUGCAAAUAGCGCAGUUACAGUGCUCAGUUAAUAUCUAUUUCUAUUUGGAAAAUAAUUCUGUGAACAUUAUUUUUCUUUAAAAAUUUACCAGUUCGUUACGGACUCCCAUUCGUACAAUUAUCUCUGUGGAAAUAACUUACAUUUUGUGCUCAGUCAACGCUAAAAAUAUUACUAAUAAUGGCAGAACUGAGCAUAACCAAAAAAUCUCAAUUUCAAGUCAGAGGACUUCCGGAUGCUGUAAAGAUGAACCAGCUGUCCAACCUGCUCCAGGACGCCCUUAUCUCCACAGGCCAUGUCCAUCAGUGUGCUAUCAUCAGGAGGAAUGAUGCCAACGUCAGAGCAAGCUCACUUGGGUUUAACCUGUAUCCUGACCAAGUCUCUUUAUUGCUAGACGCCUUUAAGAACCCGCCCCAGACUAGACAGGAUGGCAUUUAUUUUGACGAGGCUCAGUACAAAUGCAUCAGAGCAGACAAAAACUCGAUCUACGCUAAAUGUACCAAGAAAGGACUUGUGUUAGUGAAGACAGUGACUCUUAUGAUCAUAGCUACCUACAAUGAAAACAUGUUCCCCAGUGUAUGUGUGGAAGCAGUUGAGAAGUUAGCUGACUAUUUCAAAGAGAAAGGAAUGUGAAUAGAACCACUUGGAGAUGUCUACAUGAUUGAAACAAUAGGAAAUGUCUGUGAUAAGAGCAGGUUAAGCAUUAAGUUUGUUAUAAGUGAGUCUAUGGUCAUGUAAAUAUUUUAAGACUUCAGUUUCAUGAGAUAAUAGAUUGGAUUUUGUAAAUAUGUAAAUAAUAAAUUCACCAAGUUCUUGUUGAUAAAGAGUUCUGUAGUCACUUGUGCAUUGUAUUCUGUUGGUUCAGUACACCACAAACAUGCCAAAGACACUCAAAACUUUGUGAAAGCUAAUAAUCUACUACAGACUAAAACUCAAUGCAAUUGCUGUAUGUAGAGUAUUUAAUUAGGAAGCCUCUUUGGUUAGACAUAUGAAGGUAAGACCAGGACAGCUUCAAAGUCAGCACAUUUUUUUUUACCCCCCAUUCCCACAAAAACAUUUCUUUUACCUACCUCUACAGGGCAAAUUCAACAAACAAAAUAAAGCCAAUGAUUAAAAUAUAAAUGUUAAAAAGUAUUUUUCUUAAGGUGUUUGUUUAUUAGUAAAUAAAUUAGGAAUAGCUAUUUUUAUAACAAGAAGAGAAAAAUUCCAAUUAGACAAGACUUUGAAAAAAAACAAAAUGUAUACAUAGCGUAGUGGAAAAAGCAAUAUUCAUCUAACCAAAACUCUAAAAACAGAAAUCAGAACUAGAAUAAAAUAAAGGACAUGAAACUUUAGUUUUUGAAUUGAUCCUUUAAGAACAUUUUCAAAUGUUUGUUUGAAUCAAAAUAUCUCAAAAGUAAAGCUUUACAAAUAAGUCUCUAACAAACAGAAUUAACAUCUCACUAAACAAAGCAUUUUAUUUUGGGGACUUAGUUUUUUUUUUUCAAAAUUGAUAAAACGUUUCACAAAUCUGACAAAUCGUAAGAUGGUUGUAUUGCUUGAAAGUACUUGAACUCUAGCCAGGCUCCUCAGUCUGGCAACUACUAUACAAGACAAAUGUAUUACCCAAAUCAAAUGGUAUUCAAAAAUUCAAUCUAAGUUAAAAGAAAUAUCAACACAACUAUUUUAAUUCAUGAUUCAGCAACAGAGAAAACAAAAAACAGGCCAAAAAUCUACUAAUUAUAUAUAUAUAUAUUUUGUAUGUAUAUAUGUACGAAUAUAUUUAAAUAACGAAACACAUGUGAACUAUUGAGUCAUUCACUAAAUUGUCUUCCACUUUGCACCAGUUUCAGAACAAAUAUUUGGAACCACUCAGGUUUAGUUUGGCACUCACACACACGUCUUACACAGUUGAAUAUGCAGGUUAGGUAAAUGAGGCUAUUACCAUUAUCAUAGUUUGGUCUCGGGACGAAAUAAAACAAAAACAUUAUUAUUUAUGUAGGGUGAUGUACAUGACCAAAAUGAACAAACUGGCAGCACCUACAAGUGUCGUGCCACAACCAUUAUAUUGCAAGAUUCAGCAUCAGCCAUUAUUAGACCAACCACCACCCACCCCAUCAUUAUCUACAACUUGUUAACAAUUAUAUGCUGUGCUAUAAGUAGAACUAUUUGAUUUCUCCAUUUACAUGAAACAAUGAUUUGACAUUUACAAAUAGGUAUUUAAAUACAUACAAUUAUUGUCGACGAAGCUUUAAAACAAAUCAUGUGACUGAAAAUUUUGACGAAAAAAAAUAAUAUAAAAAACUUUUCAACAAUAUCAAAACAUUUGCUUUUCGAGUUUUAUUAGAUGGGUAUAAAAUAUAUACACAAAAAAGAUAACAGUAACUUUACGAAUGAAAUCUGUAUGAAACCAAAUUUGACUUUCUACUGAGCAGAUAAUGUAAAAUAUUAGGUCCCCAAAAAAACAACAUGAGCAACAAAUGAAAUGGAUCCAUCAACAAUAACUUGAAGCUUAACUAAACAACUGGGACUCACACUUUAAAACAAAUCUUUGAACUACAGCUACAUAACAUUGCUCAGGUUGGGUGGGGGGAGGGAAUCUGACAGUCAGUUUAUACACAUCUAAAUUAUUGACUAGUUAUUCAACUCCAGGCUUACUAACUAGAACAAGUUGGCCACAAAAUAAUUGAGAAGGCGAACCAUUUCAAAAUUGCAGUUUGCUUUUUCUAAUCCAGAUACAAAAAGUAAUCUCAGAAAAUCAAGUCAAUCUAAGGUGCAUGAUAAUUGAAAUAAAGAGAAGUAAUCAUGUCCGCAUUGAUUUCAAGUAUAAAGUCUUAACAAAAUAUAUAUAUAUUUCUCAUCAAGAGGAUAUACACAAAGUAAAAAAAGGAGGUAAGUGAGAAGAGACGUACUUUAUCCUGAAACCACUUUGCUAAUGUAUCUUAUCAAUAUCUAGGACAGGGGGAAUAUAGAGUGUAGAUCUGAGUACAUAGAAAAACUAAAAGAUACAAAGGUUACACAUUGCUUAGCCUUAUACAAGUCAUUAACACAGCUACAGGAACUAAUUCACAUGAAAAGAAAAAACAGGUCAUCAUACACAGUACAAUCCAUGGUACAU